AUGCCGUCCCUCGAAGGCCUCACUGAGGGGCAACCGACCCUGGACGCCAUCGCCGCCGCGACCCAGGAACCCGAGGAACUCACCUUCCCCCCGGUGACCAAGGAUCACAUCCUCAACUGCUCCUACGACAGCUGGUUCCCCAAGUACCGCACCGUCUCGAUUCGCUCCCGCAUCAUCAAGCUGUCCCCGGACUUCGUCCAGUACAUCCGCGACGACGGCAUCAUCCUCGCCGACGACGACGACACUCAGACGGAUGCCCAGGACGAGGACGACUGGGCGCCCUCCUCCAACACCUCGGGCGCGCCCCGGCGGAACCAGCCGGACCCGGACUCGGAGGACUCGGACUCGGACGCCGACGACGCGGACUCGCGCCCGCCGAACCAGCGCUUCCCGGAGAUCCACAAGGAGAUCAAGGACCGCAUCGCCGAGCUCGGCGGCGCCGUCGCCCCGAAGCUCAACUGGUCCGCCCCCAAGGAUGCCGCCUGGAUCUCGCCGCACCAGAACACGCUCAAGUGCACGACGCCCAACGACGUCUACCUCCUCCUCAAGAGCUCGAGCUUCGUGAGCCACGACCUCGAGCACGCCUUCGACGACACCGUCGCCUCGUCCUCGAACCGGCCCUUCCAGCCCGUGCUGGUGCUCCGCCCCUUCUUCGCGCCCAACCCGGCCCUCGAGUUCCGGUGUUUCGUCAAGCACCGCGCGCUCCUGGGAAUCUGCCAGCGCGACUGGAACCACUACCCCUUCCUCUCCGACCUGCGCCCGGCACUGGUGUCGCGGAUCUCCGACUUCUUCGAGGACAGGCUGCGCUUCACGUUCCCGGACGGGUGCUUCGCGUUUGACGUGUACGUGCCGGGGGACAGCGACUCGCGGGACGAGCUGGGCAAGGUGCGGCUGAUCGACGUGAACCCGUGGGCGCCGCGGACGGACAGCCUGCUCUUCUCGUGGGGGGAGCUGCUGGAGUUCGAGGUGCCGAAGCCGAUGCUGGGGUCUGUUGUGAACGAGGAGGAGCAGGUGGAGGGCAGCGGGGCGGAGGAGACGACGGACGACGAGGAUGCGGAUGAGCUCGUUCCCGAGUUGAGGCUCGUGGAGAAGGAUAACCCGGCGGCGUUCAACUUCAGCACGCCGCAGUACUCUGCGCACAAGCUCCCCAAGGAGGUCGUGGACGCGAGCUUGGCGGGCGAGGGUGGGUUGAGGGAGUUUGCGCAGCGGUGGAAGGAGAUGACGGAGGCGGAGGGCGGUGGUGACGUUUGGGAGAACGCACCGUAG